AUGUCAGGAGCCGGCUCGCCCAUAGCGAGCACGAAAAGCGGUUCUGAGAAGGUGCGCAGAGUGACACGCAUGUGCGCAUACAGAUGCCUGCACGUCUGUCUGUGUUCGUGUGUGUCUUCCCAGGAGUUCAACAAGAAGCCGGUCAAGGUUUGGGUCCCGAAGGAGCCGGUCACGGUCAGCCCAGAGAAGGCGUGGAGGGUCAUGUAUGUGUGUUGUGUGUGUGUGUGUGUGUGUGUCGUGCAUGCAGCCUGUGAUAGCUGGUUCCAAGGAUCUGGACAAGGUGAGCGCAAUGCACGCGUGCUUCACACAUGGAUGUGUCGACGAAUCACUGCUGUGUUUCCGUCUUGUGUGUGUUGACCUCACAGGGGUUUCCGGCACUUCCGGGCGCCAAGACGGCCAUCGAGCAAGAGACCACUGAACUCACACAGCAGACACGCAUGUGGCGUUUAUGUGCACCUCUCAGGACGAGAAGGCCUUUGUCGAGUCGAGGAUGUGUGUGUCACCGCAGAAGGCAAGACAGAGCAGGAGAUCAAGGCCAUCAUGCUCUAUCGUAUGACCCUCCUGCAGCCCGACAUGCAGGUGUCUGCGGAGGAGGUGGACUUCUUCCACCGGUAUGCAAUCACACACACACACACACACAGAGAGAGAGAGAGAGAGAGACAUGGACAUAUACAAAACGUGUCUCUCGUUUCAGCGCCCUGUACCCGGAUCCGGCUCUGCGCUGGGACGCCGACCAGCUCUUUGCCCACCCGUGGAUCGCACCCGUCCCUGCCCCUGCCCCUGCUGCCGUGCACCGCCGCAUGCAGCUAUCCAGCAGGAGAUCGACAGCACCAACUACAAAACUGUGA